AGAGAAGCCAUAAAUAGAGAUCCUACUACGGAGGAGCAGAGCUACAUAUAUGUCCUAAAUCAUACCAUACACCCACGGAGUACCUCACCAGUUCCCAACAGUGGCGCCGAAACCCCCCUAUCGAUCACAGUGGCCGAGUUGGUUCCGGCGUCAGCCUCGCAUUCCCCGAUCAUUUCCAUUCUUCCUUCGUUCCUUCGACCGAGAACGCGAGUCCGGAAACAAGAACAGAUUCUUGCCCUAUAUACGUGCGCUUUUCUCCCGGCCGCUUGCGAGAAGGCUCUCUCUCCGACGAUCCGGCACCGUUCUAACCGCCCUCCGCCGACGGUUACUGCUACGUGCGUCCAGAGCGUCAAUUAAGAACAGAAGCGGAAUUGGACGGAAACGGCGGCUGAUACGGGUCCCAGAAAAUGCUGCGAUGAGUUCUAUUUCUCAGUCUUGGUCUGCGUCCGGUGGUAGACGCAAGAAGGUGUACGAGUACUUGAAGGCUGCGAACGAACUACGGCAGACCUACACGGCUCAAAUUGGGAAUAGCCUGCGGGAAUUAAGCGGUGACGACUAUUAUGAUGUUCCCGGCGCCUAUCCGGAUGCCGACACCGCGAGGUCAGGCGAGAGGGAGUUGGUGCUGUUCCCGAGUUACGCGAGGAGGAUCAUCAGACGGCAGAAAAACCAGUGUGACGCGGACUGGGAGGCUUAUCGGUAUCAGGAUGGCUGGUCUCAAGGAUUGGACGAGGAUGAGACGUCUUACGUUCGUCAAGGGGAAUUGGGUGACACGGAGUACGGAUCUGGGGAUGGGCGAGCAGAUGGGCCGGAAGACGUGGAUGAGAAUGCGAUUGUUGACGUCGAUGUUCAUGGAUGGAUCUAUAUGCCACACCGGGGUCCUAUGGGAAGGAAAAAUCGGUUGAUGGUUGCCCUUGCGAGGAAGUUAACCGGCAUCCCUGCUCCUAAUGGCAAUAAUGCGGCCGAGUCUACGGACAAGGUGUCUGGUGCAAGGGAAGAAGAAGAUGUCAAUAAAGAAGCCCAGUUGAUCCUCAACGAGGCAAACAAGGAGACAGAGUCUACUUGGAAAGGAGGCUCAUCAGAAGAUCGUGACGACAAGAUACCGGGCCCAUUUUUGCGACGGUCGACGACAUCCUCACAGUCCUUGCAGAUGAGUAAUGACGAACUUGUCACUGCCAAUGCGAAUCUAAUGUCGAGACUCCGUCCCUUUCUGGCGCAGCCCAUGCCUUACACCCCCGUUAGCGUGUUUUUCUAUAAUGACGAGCAAAGCCAGUCAAGGAACGUUUUGACUGACGAGUCUGGGCACUUUACUGUCCGCGCGGGUCUCCACUUUGUCCCCACGCAUAUGCGUGUCCUUGCGUCAGAGAACCUGUCCACAUCAAGGGAAAUCAAGGUCAUCGAGCCUGCUGGUGUCAGUUUGAUCAGUGAUAUUGACGAUACCGUGAAGCACUCUGGGAUAAUCAGUGGCGCGAAGGAAGUCUGCAGGAAUACAUUCGUGCGCGAUUUCGCCGACCUCACCGUUUCUGGGGUGGGACAAUGGUAUAAAAGACUAUUCAGCAUGGGUGUACAAAUCCACUACGUAUCCAACUCGCCAUGGCAGCUGUAUUCUGUACUGGAACAGUUCUUCAAGGUGGCUGGACUUCCACCGGGCUCCUUCCAAUUAAAACACUACAGUGGGAUGCUGCAGGGGAUCUUCGAGUCUGCGGCAGAAAAGAAGAGAGCAUCGCUGGAGAAGAUCUUGCGAGACUUCCCCAGUCGAAAAUUCAUCCUUGUCGGAGACAGCGGCGAAGCUGACCUGGAGGUAUACACGGAUCUUGCCAUGAUGCAUCCUGGUAGGGUUCUGGGGAUAUUCAUCCGAGAUGUUACAACACUGGAGCAGAAGAGGUUUUUCGAGAAAUCUGUGGACCAUCCUCAGACAGCCCCGUUCCGGAGCGAAAGCACCGGCCAUCUUGUCAACGACCCGUCAUUGUCAACGGAGAAGGAGAAGGAGAAGGAGAAGCGGCCUGCUUUGCCACCGCGGAGGCCUCGUGAACCACCCAGCUCUGCGCAGAGUCUGGACAAUGGGGAUCUGAUUGAUCUGUGGGACGAAGGGGACCAGCAGAGCAGGCGAAACAAGCCGGGCGAACCGGCCAAACGAGACAAUAACCGGCCGCCACCGCCGACGAAGCCAUUCAAGCCGUCGUCUCUGCGCACCGUAACAGCGGUUUCGGAUACUGAAAAGAACGUCUCGACCCAAUCAGCCCAAAACCAGAACGCUAUCCGUCGUAAACCUGCGCCUCCUGUGCCUCCACGUCGUAUUAGUUCGGCGGUUUCGGACCGUGACAGCCGAUUAUCAGAUGCAACUCUAUCUGGGAGCUCAACCGCUAGCGGGAAAAGCUCUGUCGCCAGUGGCCCCAGCUCAUCCGCGGACACUUUUCCAAUUCGUAUUAGACAACAGUCUAGCGAACCUUGGCGAAAUGGGGCGCCUCCGCCGGUUCCGCCACCUCGUCGCACCACUAUGGCUGCAGCUUCAAUGUCGGACUCGGGUGUGAAUCCAACCAGGCCAUCACCGCAAGUGUCCCAGAAACAAGCCUACCCACUUCAAUGCGGGUCUGAGCGUCCAUCAUCGUCGCCGUCGCCGUCACCGUCACCGUCACCACGGCCAUCCGUGUCGAAUCCAUCCCUAUACCGGACGAAUACGUCCGGCAGCAGCUUCAGCAGCGAUGACCCAUUUUCGACCCCCACGCCAACGCCCAACAAACGGGAAGAGGUCUGGCGACGUCGGUGGGAGCGGGCGAAGGAGCUCCUUGACGAGCAAGGCGUCGUCCUGGGAAGUUGGCGGGUGGGGAGCGAUGUGCAGGAUGUCUGUGUCUGGCUGGCACAGGAGGCGUUGGCGGAUGUGAAUAACAGUCCGCCUGGGCUGCCAAAGAGACCGGUGCCGAGUAGGACAUCUACGUCUUCCGGGCAGCGUGAGUAG